AAAUGUGCGCGCUGGCCGCAGCGGUGCUGUUUCUAGCCGCGCUUGCAGCUCUGCCUUGUAAAGGCAUUGACGCAGAUACGUCAACAAUACCAAAGGAAGAUAAAGAGACAUCAACACAGCCGAUAAUAAACAAAGUCUAUCAAAUGCUGCACGCCAGCACAGAUCCGCGCAAUCAAGCUCAACUCCUCAACUUUAAUUACUCUCUUAAUGAACCGGAUAGUUUCGUAACGAGUAAUCCAAAGCAUUUCCCUAGUAUAGAGAAGAGCAGUGAUAUCUGCUGUACUGAAACCACACAUACACAAGAUAAAGCAAUUAUUACGAAUGUGCUAAAUAAUGACAAUACGAGGAAUAGAAAGAGACGGGUGGUAAAUGUGAUAAGAACGGAUGUGAAUUACACUAUGAGCUAUGUACAAGUGACGACGGUGACGCCGGAUACGGGACCAAUGGCUUUGGAGAGUCGUCGAAAGCCAGCGGAAGCAGGGUCCAGCGCUCCGCUUCUGAACUACAUAUUCGAUACAUAUUCAAAUACGCAUCAACAUCGAAAUGAAAGGCCAGGAAACGGCAACAGUAUCUACGUGGCUACGGGACCAGAAAUUGAAGCACUUGUCGGCUCCACCGCACACCUCGACUGCAAAGUCGACGCCCUUCAUGACAAACUGGUUUCCUGGGUUCGUAGGAAAAACGAUGAACUUCCAAUGGAAUUAUUAACAACUGGCACGCAACAGUAUACAGCUGAUGACAGGUACUCAGCACGCUUCAUUCCACCAGACAUUUGGAGACUAGAAAUCAAAGAAGUUCGGCCCUCUGACGCUGCCUUUUACGACUGUCAGCUGUCUGCUCAUCCGCCACGAACAGCGCGGGUCACUUUGAAGGUACCCGAGGUGUCCGUCCGAAUAGUCGAUGGAGCUGGAGCGGAAGUGUCAGAACAAGUUUGUGAACUGGGCAGCACUGUUGCCUUGCGGUGCGAAGUUCGAGGCCUUCGCAUGGAAGGAGGUCCGUCACUCCUCUGGUACAGGAGGGAGUCCUUGCUCAAUGAUGAUACGACACGAGGAGGUAUUAGUGUUAGAACGGAGUUCGGCGUGAACGGUGCUAACUCCGUGCUCCGUGUGGCACGCGUGCGCAACGAUGACGCGGGACGGUACACGUGCAGCAUCGCGCGUUCUCCUCCACCAACGCCCACUCCCGCGCAUGUCUAUUUACAUGUUAUUAAAGGGGAAAGCCUUGCUGAGCUACAUCAAGGUCAAGGAAUAAGGGCGGUACCUCUACAUUUAAUAAUAACAGUGGUGACACUGCUCGUUUUACAUACUUAUAGUAUUGUAUAAGAAUAAAUUAUUCAUAUUUGAUUA